AUGUGGAACAGAGUUCUCUUCCUUUUGGGAUUGUCGAUUUUGGCCUUCGUUCAGGUCAUAGAUGGCUUCUCUCAUCACCACCACCACCAUCACCACCACCACCAGCAGCUCGACCAUCAAUCUGCAGUGCAUGAUACCGAUGGCAAUGAGCUCGAAGCAGGGAUGCCGUACUACAUUGUCUCCGCAAUCAGGGGAGGCGGCGGCGGAGGUGUUUCUCUAGGAAGGAGAGAGAGCUCCACCAGUCAAAGUCACACGGCCCAUACCCCAACAGUGAAGCAGAGCUCCUACGACAGGAACAUGGGAACCCCAGUGAUGUUCUCUCCAGCAUCCUCAGAACACCCAGAAUUGGAUUUGCCGUCUGCAGAAGAAGAGGGAACGAUGAUAAUUCGGGAAUCAAUGGACAUGAACAUUUGCUUCUCUGGGAUGGACAAUAGGGUGUGGCAGGUGGAACAGAGGAGAGAGCAAUCCGGAGGAUGGUGGUGGUGGUCGUCAAAGAAUUCGAGUUUGAGGUAUGUGACGGUGAAGGGGAAGCCAGGGCACCCAGGGGAGUCGACAGUGAGGAACUGGUUCAGAAUCGAGAGGAUAAGCGAGGGUAGCCCUGUAUAUAGGAUCGUCUACUGUCCCAACGUGUGCGAGUCGUGCCAUGUGGUGUGCGGGAGGGUUGGGAUUACCAAGGAGAACAGCGAGCGAUGGCUAUCGGUUUCAGAGCACCGAGAGUUCCCUUUCGUCUUCGUCAGAGCUAGGCAGUCCCACGACAGCAACAACAAAGAUGAAUAG